AUGUUCGGAAAGGUUUUCAAGCUCGCUGCUGUUGCUGCUAUGGUCGUUAGCUCUUCCGCCCUUCCUCAUAACCUCAGCUCCUUCGCCACUCGAACCGAGAAGAGCAAAUCCCCUAUGAGUUUCGACAACUGGAAUGGCAUCUCUUCCCUCGCUGGUUUCGAUGACUUCUACGGAUCGGACAACUACUCCGGCAAGGUCUCGAGCGUGACGGUCAUCGAGCAGGACUCACAGCUCGUGUGCCACACUCAACAGAUCGAGAUCAUCCAACAGCGUUUGCUCAUCCUGCAGGAGAUGGCGAAGAAGAUCAUCACUGAGACCAUCUGCGAAGCCGAGACCCAGACGAUCGUUUUUCAGCAGUUCCACGAGAGCAUGGGUCACUUCAGUGGCGACAUCCGCCACAAGUCCUCGAAGAGCGCCGGCUACGACAAGAGCAUUGCCAGCCAGUACGGCAGCAUCAUGAACUCGGACGGCUCGCUGAACACCACCGACCUCGGGUUUAGCGGCAAGGACAAUGGAAACAAUUAUGUCGUCCCCGCCGGCAGCAACUGGAACAACCAGACGUCGCCUGCGUCUGUCAACGCUGCGUACAAUGCCACCAAGUCGGCUAUGUAG